AUGGGGAAAGAGUCACACAAUGAGUCUCCUGAUGUCACCUCCAACAAGGUCGCCUCGAUCAUCCCCUUCCGGGACCUUGAGCCAUCUUGGCAUGUCUCCAGCGCAAAGAUCCCCGGAUUCAUGCGAUGGCUGAUCAGCUGGGUUGGCGGGCCCGCGGGAUAUGUGAAUCCCAGCCUUGGACGUGCAGUUACAGGUGAAAACAUUGGCGUCGGAUACAUGUACCUCCCGAUCGGGCAACAACAAGAAGGCCUACACUAUCACAGUAUCACCGAGAUCUAUAUCAUCCUGAAAGGUCACGUCCAAAGCUACGACUCUGACGGAGGGCGUCCGCAUGGCGUCCGCAACUGCGGAUUUGAGGACGUUGAGCUGGUCUGGCUACACGACGGGAUAGAGGCGAAGGGAGUGACCGUCUACUGUAACACGCAGGAAGAACUUGAUCGGGCUCCGUCGCGGGAUCCUAUUCUCACAGUCAGCUUGAAAGACUUGGAUCCCUCGUGGGCGGCGCCGCGGGCCAAAGAACCCGAGUUCCUGCGAUGGUCUGUGAACUGGGUCGGAGGGGACAAAGGGUUUCUAGACCUCAACCCCGGCGUGUCGGUGGUGAGUGACAAGCUAGCCUUGGGAAUGACCACCGUGCUGCCAGGCCACAAGCAGGUGCCUCACAGUCACGAAACGGCCGAGGUGUACGUCGUGGUCGGCGGCAAGGGGAUAGUUAACCUGGGCAAAGGAAAUCAGGAGGUCGGAUACCUGGACGGGCUGUAUUUCCCACCGGGGACACCUCAUUGUUUGAGGAACCACGGAAGCGAGCCCCUGCUUAUCGUCUGGGCAUUGGAACGUCCCGAGAGAAAGGGUGCCGUCAAGUAUUACGACGCCUGUGGGAAUGUCCUCGUCCAGACCAAUGGGACUCAUUAG